UAGUUUCUCGUUGGAUACCCCACCUGUUGACUGACGAGCAGAAAGCAGCCAGGGUUAAUUGGUGUCAAGAAACGCUUGACCGUUUCAAUUCCGGAAACUCAAAAAAUGUGUACAGCAUUGUUACAAAGAACUGUUACUGCGGAUUGGUAUACCACCAUUUGUUUGCCAAAAGUCAUCACCGAGCUUCAAAAAAUCAACCCCGAUAGAAGAAUCAUCCUCCACGCACACAGCCCAAAAAACGAGGCAGUAUUGAACGGAAGAAAACGUGGAAUUAUUGGACAAUCCUCCAUAUAGUCCCGAUCUAAGUCCUAACGAUUUCUUUACUUUCCCGAAAAUUAAAAACAGACUGCGUGGUCAAAGGUUCCAGUCACCAGAAGAAGCAGUUGACGCAU